AUGGUUAAUUAUAUUCUUCAGGAUGGAGGCCAAUCUCCUAUGACAGACUCUGCUGAGGCUGACAUCUCCAGAACCACGGAGCAGGAUCCUCAGAGCACUUCUGUCUCCCAGAUUGAGGAUGGAGGCCAAUCUCCUAUGACAGACUCUGCUGAGGCUGACAUCUCCAGAACCACGGAGCAGGAUCCUCAGAGCACUUCUGUCUCCCAGAUUGAGGGCUCUGAUGCAACCGGUCUGAACAAAGUUGGAGUAAAUAUUUCCAUUGUCGACUACACAGAUUCUGAUGAAUCUCAGACUCCAUCUAGGAAUCCUGUUCAUGUUAACAGAUGUUUUCAGAUAUCAAGUCCAAGUUCUGCCUCUGACUAUGAACUCAGCCUCUCCAAAAAGGGUUACCACCAAGUUCCUAUCCCUAGGCUUAGGAGGACCAAAAGCAUACAGAUGAAAAACUGGAUUGAUUUGGAUUCGGAUGAGCUUUUUGACUCAACCUCAGCUGACAGUGGAGAGGAAUAUAUCCCAAAGACCAGUGAAGAUUCUGAUGGUACAGACAUCAGUGAAGUUCUUGGGCCCGUCAAACAGAGAGAGAGCCAGAGAGACAGUUUGCUUCAAAGGCAUGUGGAUGACAUUGAAGAUAGUGUUUUUUCCCCAACAGAAGCAAGUGCCUCUUCAAACAGUUGGUUUAUAGAGGACGCUCACCCUUAA